AUGGCCACGAUUGGUGUUGCAUUUGUGACGCUCGGGUGCUUCGCUAAUGUGUUUAUUGGCUGCGCAAUUAUCGAUGACUUGAAGUACUCACAGGAUGUUGAUAAGUUUGUUGUUAAAUACUUCAACAGCCUCAAAUUCAAGCGACACAUUGAUAUCAUUUUGGACCAACAGAUUGAACCAGCAGACUCAGAAGUAAUUCUAAAAGUAUACAAAAGUUAUCAUCCAGUAAUCAUAACUUCGCCAAGCCACCAACACGAGUUACUAAAUUUCCAAUCAAACAUCAAAAACUGCUACAAAAUGCAUAACAUCAUAGGAAUUUUCCGGGAAACACGGGGUAUUCAACCGUCUCAAUGGCGAUCGUUUUACGGGAGUAACUGCUGGAAUUCAGCAGCCCCAAUAGCCAUUUGGAUAACCCACUUUGCUGAUCUCAACGAUCUCGAACAACUGCUGGUUGAAUUCUGGAAUAACAACAGCAUCAACGUCGUCUUGCUGGUCUUAGAUAAGUUAAAAAACAAAACAAUUGCUUACACUUAUGAUCCGUUUGCAUUUAAAGUGAAGAAAAAGUUUGGAAAUCAAGAACGGGGCAAAUUGUAUAAAAUAACUGGCAAAGAAGUGACAUUGUUUCCGGACAAGCUAAAAAACCUGAAUGGUUAUUCAAUUCCUAUUUCGCUUUACCAACAUCAACCGCAUGCACGACUGAACAACGAUUCAAUAGAAUUAGCAGAUGGUAAAGACGUUAAUUAUUGCCGUUUUUUAUCACAAUGGAUGAACUUCUCUAUAGAAUUAAAGACCGCAGAAGUACCGCUUAUCAAUUACAUUGUAAAUCUACCAAAUAAAACCCGCGUUAAUGUUAUCGGUGACAUAAUAACAAAUCGUUCCAUUUUUAUUGGCAAUGCGGUUCAUUGGGAAAUAAUAAAUACCGCUGUCGUGGAUAUUGUUUAUCCGCAUUGGAGGUCAAAAAUAGUUGUCGUCGCUCCAAGCAACGACGAUCCUAUUCCAGGAAUUGUCACCAUUUUGCACUCGAACUCGGGGCUGACUUUGAUUCUAAUUCUUGUCGCGAUUAUUGCGCUCACUCUAUUCUUAAUGAUCCGUAAAGAAGAUGACAUUAUGAUGAAAAUUCUGAAGCUUCUGCUCUUUCAGAUUGUGGAUCGAAUUGGCAAAAAGAGCUCUGCUAGAAUUUUUUGGAUAUCCUUGAUCUAUUGGGCGUUUCUGCUCGUGACUAUUUUUCAGAGCCAAUUGAUCAAUGAUCUAAGCGCUCCGGAGUUCUUUGACGAAAUUGACUCUUUGGAUGAAUUAGACAAAAGUAAUCUUACACUGAUGACCAAACAGUGGGAGUGGGAAACUUUGAACAGCUCGAAACUGAAGUCCAAAAGGCGGUUGUUGGAUCAAGCUGUGGUUGAAGUCGAUUUCAGAAGAUGCAUGUCAUUGAUGGAGAAGUUUCGAAAUGUUGCUUGCACUAUUGAUGGUAGUUAUGCAAAAUUCAUCAAAAGUCAAAAUACCCUUGAAGCUUCUAAUGAGAACUACAAUGCUUCAAAAAAAGCGAAUUUUCACUUUUUGGAUCAGCCUCUGGUCAGUUUUUGGAAGACUUAUGCUGUCAAAAAAGACUCUCCUUAUUUGGCCAAAAUGAACAAAGCUGCGAUAAGGCUUGUUGAAAAGGGUAUCAUGAAAAAGUGGUACAAUGACGACGUGAAAAAAAAUUUGAAAAUACAGCCAAACAAACCGCUCAGUAGUAAUAUUGGGAUGGACCAUUUGCACGGGGUUUUCUUGAUUUAUCUGUUUGGAAAUUUGAUUGCUGGAGGCUGUUUUUUAGUCGAAGUCGUUCAUUAUAAACUUAAAAUGAGGAAUCGGCUUCAAUGCUUUUGUGUUUGA